AUGUCCGCUCCAGCAGCUAACGAUGUCGUUUCUUUCAAGGACCGGGCAACGGCCGAUCAGGCCAAACCCCACAACGAUCUCCUUGUCAUCGAGCUGACGAUCCAGGACAUCGAUGUAGCGAGAGUGUUGGUCGACACCGGAUGCUCGGCCAAUAUUAUCUACAAAAGCACCCUCAAAAGAAUGGAGAUCGAUCUGUGCGCCGUUACGGAAAGACCCAGCCCGAUAUUCGGACUCUCGGGAAAUGCUACUAUGACUCUAGGCUCGAUCGACCUCGUUGUUAAAGCCGGGAGCGUCAUCAAAGUCACAGAAUUCUUAGUCAUCGACCGCCCAACAUCGUACAACGCGAUCGUCGGUACUCCAUGGCUGAAUUCCAUGCGAGCGAUCCCUUCAACAUUCCAUCUGUGCCUUAAGUUUCCAACCCCUCGUGGAGUCGACACUAUACAAGGAGACCGCAGGAUGUCACAAGUAUGUUUCGCCGCCGAGUUAAAAAGAAAGAACUUUGCGAUAGAAACUUCCCAUAAAAAGAAAAGAAAGCUGACUCUCGAUGAGAACGCCCCGGAACGAGACUCGACAGUCUUCUGGCAAUCUCAAAGGGCCGAAGCCCUAGAAGGAAAGCGCGAACCGACUUGCGAACCGGUAAUUUCGAUUUGCCUCGACGAAUCCUCUCUGGAACGAUGCGUCGAGAUUGGAGCCAACCUCCGCGAGCCACUAAAGACAGAGCUCAUCGCCUGUCUCAAAAAGAACCUCAAUGCGAUCGCUUGGGCCGCGGAAGAUAUGCCAGGGAUUGAUAUCGGCAUAACGUGUCAUGAGCUUAACAUCGAUCCAACCUACAGACCUGUCAAACAAAAAAGGCGGAAGCUAGGACCGGAGCGUGCCACCGCGGUAAAUGAGGAAGUCGAAAGACUCCUGAAGGUCGGAUCAAUAACAGAAGUUAGGUAUCUAGACUGGCUCGCUAACCCGGUCGUGGUCAAAAAGAAAAACGGCAAGUGGCGUGUAUGCGUCGAUUUCACCGAUCUCAACAAGGCCUGUCCAAAGGAUUACUUCCCACUCCCGCACAUCGACCGACUGGUCGAAGCAACAGCAGAGAACAAACUCUUAUCAUUCAUGGAUGCCUUCUCCGGGUACAAUCAGAUCAUGAUGAAUCCCGACAAUCGUGAGAAAACUGCGUUCAUCACCGAUCGGGGAACAUAUUGCUACAAAGUAAUGCCUUUCGGUCUCAAGAAUGCAGGCGCCACUUACCAGCGACUUGUCAAUCCAAUUUUUUCCGAAUAG